UGCGAAAUUACCAGUGUAAAUCCACGUAGUGUCCUUAAGGCCCAGCGCUUGGGCCGAUCCGACACACAGGCAUUGGUAUGUCCAGUUGCCUCCUGUCCUAUUUCAAGCCAAGCUCCACAAUUUAAUCCCUAGGGCGAGCGAGCGCGAGAGAGAGGAAAUAUUUCUAGAGCGCGAGCGAUUCCCGCGGGCGAUUUCGAGCGACAGCUAUGGCGGCAUGUCGGAUUUUGAUCCCCGCGCGGUGCGAGGAUGCAUGCUGUGGAGUGCCGCGGGCGGCCGCGGCGCCGGCAUCGUCGUGCUUCUACGGGCGGAGCGUCAGGCUUGGCGGCAGAUCGGCGGCGGAUCUACAACGAAAAGCCGGGGUGUGGAGGAGCGUGGCAGUGGCGGAGGCGGUGACUGUCGAUGGCGUCAAGGCGGAAGAGAAGCUCACCGAGGCAGUGGGAGCGACGAGUCCAGUGGAGGAGCCGGCUAUAGAGAAGGAGCCGGCUCUCGCGGCCGCGGACGUGAAAUCCUUUCUAGCCGACGUGUCGAGCUUGGUCAAGCUAGUGGAUUCCAAAGACAUAGUGGAGCUGGAACUCAAGCACAAGGACUAUGAGAUCGUCAUCAGGAAGGCCGAGGCUUUGGCACCACCACCAGCGGCAGCUCCUCCCGUCCCCGCCGCCGCUGGGCUUCCAUAUCCAAUGUUUCCACCGUCGGCUUUUGCGAUGCCGACUCCAGCUCCCAUGCCAGCAGCUCCAUCUCCAUCUCCCGCGAUAACGCAAGCUGCCGAGGCUCCGCAAGCUGCUCCAAGCGCUCCACAAUAUCCACCCAUGGUCUCACCCAUGGCUGGGAAUUUCUAUCGAUCGCCAGGACCAGGAGAGCCUCCAUUUGUAAAGGUGGGGGACAAAGUCCGUAAAGGCCAAGUUCUUUGCAUCAUUGAGGCAAUGAAGCUGAUGAACAGCAUUGAGUCCGAUCAAGACGGGACGCUUGUCGAGAUCGUCGCCGAGGAUGGAAAGCCCGUCGCUGCCGAUGAUCCUUUGUUCGUGAUCAAGCCGUGAGGAACGAUGAAGAAAAAAAACCACUAAACUGAGCGACGUUUUGGUAGGAAGAAGAAAAUAACAAGAGGUUCUUAUGUUGUCGGCAGUAAACAAAAGCUAUUGGAUGUGUACGAACUCAAUCGAUUGUCGAAGUCCAGAAGAAACCAUCGUUCUCUUCAUUUUUCUCAGGAGUAGGCCAACAAAAGUCUGACUUUGCUGCAAGACAAAUCAAUUCCUCCAAACUUUGUACGUGGCGCUCUCCAAGAUGGAAUCUUUUCUUGUUUCUUUGCAAGUCGAAGUAUUGCCUACAAACACCUGGCAGUCAAAAUUUUUGCUUUGCUAAACAGUGGCCUCCUCUUCUU